CGGCGGGGGAAGGAGCGGCGGGGAGCGGCGCAGGCGGCAGCAUGAAGAGGAGAGGCGGCCGGGGGAGCAGCAUGCGGUCCGUGGUGGGGUUCCUGUCCCAGCGGGGCUUAGAAGGGGACCCCCUGCUCACCCACGACUUCCAGCGGAGACGCCUGCGAGGCUGCAGGAACCUCUACAAGAAGGACCUCCUGGGCCACUUCGGCUGUGUCAAUGCCAUCGAAUUCUCCAACAAUGGAGGCCAGUGGCUGGUCUCAGGAGGGGAUGACCGCCGGGUCCUUCUGUGGCACAUGGAAGAAGCCAUCCACUCGAGAGUCAAACCAGUUCAGCUGAAAGGAGAGCAUCACUCUAACAUCUUCUGCCUAGCUUUCAACAGUGGCAAUACAAAAGUGUUCUCUGGAGGCAAUGAUGAGCAAGUGAUACUCCACGACGUUGAAAGCACUGAGACCUUGGAUGUGUUUGCCCAUGAAGACGCAGUGUAUGGCCUUUCAGUGAGCCCAGUAAAUGACAACAUCUUCGCCAGUUCGUCAGAUGAUGGCCGGGUUCUCAUCUGGGACAUCCGAGAGUCCUCCCAUGGAGAACCCUUCUGCUUGGCACACUACCCAUCAGCCUUUCACAGUGUGAUGUUUAAUCCAGUAGAACCCAGAUUACUCGCUACUGCCAACUCUAAGGAAGGUGUGGGACUGUGGGACAUCCGUAAGCCUCAGAGUUCGCUGCUCCGCUACGGUGGGAACCUCUCCCUGCAGAGCGCCAUGAGCGUCCGCUUCAACAGCAACGGAACGCAGCUGCUGGCGCUGCGCCGCCGCCUUCCCCCCGUCCUCUAUGACAUCCACUGCCGCCUGCCUGUCUUCCAGUUCGACAACCAAGGCUACUUCAACUCUUGCACUAUGAAGAGCUGCUGCUUUGCAGGUGAUCGUGACCAGUACAUCCUUUCGGGCUCUGAUGACUUCAAUUUGUACAUGUGGAGGAUCCCUCCAGAUCCCGAAGCAGGUGGCAUUGGCAGGGUCGUCAAUGGCGCUUUUAUGGUAUUGAAAGGUCAUCGGUCAAUUGUAAACCAAGUCCGGUUUAAUCCUCACACUUACAUGAUCUGUUCCUCUGGCGUUGAAAAGAUCAUAAAGAUCUGGAGCCCUUACAAGCAGCCCGACUGCACGGGGGAUCUGGACGGUAGGAUCGAGGACGACUCGCGCUGCCUCUACACGCACGAGGAGUACAUCAGCCUGGUGCUCAACAGCGGCAGCGGGCUGUCCCACGACUACGCCAACCAGUCGGUGCAGGAGGACCCGCGGAUGAUGGCCUUCUUCGACUCGCUGGUGCGCAGGGAGAUCGAGGGCUGGAGCUCGGACUCGGACAGCGACCUCAGCGAGAGCACCAUCCUGCAGCUGCACGCCGGGGUGAGCGAGCGCUCCGCCUACAGCGAGUCCGAGUCCUCCACCUCCUUGCGCCACUCCCCGCCGCACGUGGCCGAGGAGAAUGACGAAGCUGCCUAUAACUUACGGGCCUUGAGAGCGACCGAGUCCCCCUCGGCCAGGGAGGACGCGGCUUCCCGUCAGCAGAGGCUCUCCGCGCUGAGAAAGUAUCAGGAUAAACGUCUCCUGGCCCUUUCCAACGAGUCCGACUCCGAGGACAACGCCUGUGAGGCGGAGCUGGAGACAGACCUUUUCCCACGGCCGCGCUCCCCGAGCCCCGAGGAGAACGAGUCCAGCAGCUCCAGCAGCAGCAGCAGCAGCACGGAGGACGAGGAGGAGCUGAACGAACGCCGCACGUCCACGAGGCAGCGCAACGCGCUGAGGCGCCGGCAGAAGGCGCAGAAGGAGGAGAGGACUAGCACUAACACGCAGAGUGCCACCCCCUACGUAGGUGAGGACGUCUACGAUUACCCCCAGAUCAAACUAGACGACGCUUCUUCCUCUCCAGCUUCUUCGCCGGAAAGGAGUUCAGCCAACAAAGAAGUUGUCAAAGAAAGGCCGUCUCCCUGUUCAGACAGUGAAUCAGUGGAGAGGAAGAUUUACAAAGCUUACAAAUGGCUGCAUUAUUCCUACAUCUAUUCCGCUGGUAAGGACGGUGAGUCCUCCAGAGGAGAGGGAGAGAAUGACGAAGGGAAGCCAGGAACCAGUGGAAGGCACGGUACAGCGCACUCGCUAAGCAAGGAGGAUGCUGGGAGCGUGGGGUCAGUGGUUCCUCAAGGCUCCCCAGCUCUUCCCGCUGAAAGCCACAGUAGAGAAAAUGUGAAAGAAUGUGUCUCGAUAGAAAGUCCUAGCAACGGUCGGGGUCACGAACGAGACAAUCAGCGGCGGACGGAGGGCCAGGACAGCACCUCUGAAGACACAAGCGGUGGAGGCCUGGAGCAUUCUUUUGAUACUAAAAAGCUCAAUGGGAAAGCUAACUGCAAAGGGCUAAAUAAUUGUACUGAAGAGCCUUGCGUUCAGACUGCAGCACUUGCGGAGCAGAGAAACAGUCAGAACUGUCAGCCAGCACCAAGCCAUUCCUCGCCGGUCCCCCCGUUCCCCACCGCUGCCAUCCGCAGUUCCUGCUCCAGGAACUCGAGCGAGGCCGGCGAGGACAGGAGCCCCGACGCCUCCUGCCUCGCCCACAACAACGGCCACUUGCACCUUCGCCCCUCGUGCUUCAACAACGGACAGAGUCAGGCAGAGCAGGAGAGCGUGCCGCAGGGCCUGCCGGCGCAGGCGGGCCCGGGCUGGCGCAGGGACUGCUGCCUGUCGGACACGGACUCCAGCGGCCGCGGGCCGGGCGCCAGAGAGGAGGCUGCUGCCCCGCGGCCCGCGGGCAGCGACAGCGCUCGGGCUCUCGGGGCACUGAAAAGACACAGAGCGGAGCUGGAAGACGCAGAUUCAGAGGGGUCGUCCUUAGAGAAGAAGUUAAAGACAUGAUACGUGCGGACGCGUGCGGUAGCGUGCACUCGGUAAACGGAAAGCAGCGCGGAAGCAUUAAAGGCACGUAGAACUUGG